AGGAUCAGGUGGGAUCUAGGUGGAUAUCCACAGAGGAAUUGUGUGGGAUCUACCUGGGUAUCCACAGAGAGAUCAUGUGAUAUCUACCUGUAUCUCUACAGAUGGUUCAAGAGGGAUCUGCCUAUAUUUCCAUAGAAGGAUCAAGUUAGAUCUACCUGGAUAUCAAUAGAAGGAUCAAGUGGGAUCUACCAGAAUAUCAGCAGAGAUCCAGUGGGAUCUUCCAUAAUAUCAGCAGAGAGAUCAAGUGGGAACUCCCAGAAUAUCAGCAAGAGGGGUCAAGCAGGUUCUAGUGGUUUAUCUCCAGGGUGCACCCUUCUCCUCUAUUUGCAGGGCAUGAUGCCCGCAGUCCCCCAUUGAUUGUCUUCACACAUUAAGCUCCCAGUUCUGGGGAGCAGCCACCAUCAGAGAGGAAAUGUCUUUCUUUAACUUUCGGAAGAUCUUUAAGCUUGGUGGAGAAAAGAAGAAAAAGCAGUAUGAGCAUGUCAAGCGGGAUCAGAACCCGGAGGAGGUCUGGGAGAUCAUAGGAGAGCUGGGCGAUGGAGCCUUUGGGAAAGUGUUUAAGGCCCAGAACAAAGAGACUGGCAUUUUGGCAGCAGCAAAGGUUAUUGAUACAAAAUCUGAAGAUGAACUUGAGGAUUACAUGGUGGAAAUCGAUAUUCUGGCAUCAUGUGACCACCCACAUAUUGUUAAAUUGCUGGAUGCUUUUUAUUAUGAAAAUAACCUUUGGAUUCUUAUUGAGUUCUGUGCUGGGGGUGCUGUAGAUGCCGUAAUGCUGGAGCUGGAGCGCCCACUAACAGAACCGCAUAUACGCGUGAUUUGUAGGCAGACAUUGGAGGCGCUGGUUUAUUUGCAUGAUAACAAAAUCAUCCAUCGAGAUCUUAAGGCAGGAAAUAUACUUCUAUCACUUGAAGGCGACGUGAAACUGGCUGAUUUUGGAGUGUCUGCUAAGAAUACCAAAACAUUACAGCGGAGAGAUUCAUUUAUCGGCACGCCUUACUGGAUGGCUCCAGAGGUGGUAAUGUGUGAGACUUCCAAGGACAAGCCAUAUGACUUUAAAGCCGACGUAUGGUCUCUGGGCAUCACCUUAAUAGAGAUGGCUCAGAUUGAGCCUCCUCACCAUGAACUUAACCCAAUGCGUGUCUUGUUAAAGAUUGCAAAAUCAGAGCCUCCUACAUUGGCACAGCCAUCAAGAUGGUCAAGAGAUUUUAAUGACUUUUUGAGGAAGUGUUUGGAGAAGAACAUUGAAGCCCGGUGGACCACCGUUCAGUUGCUGCAGCACCCAUUUGUGUCAUCCGUGAACUCCAACAAGCCAGUGCGGGAGCUGAUCGCAGAGGCCAAAGCCGAGGUUUUGGAGGAAGUGGAAGUCUCUAAAGAGGACGAUGAAGACGAGGAGACAGAGAGUACUUUGCCUGUUCCGGACAGUAAACGGGCUUCUUCAGACCUCAGCAUUGCCAGCUUGGAAGAUGACAAACUGUCACAGAAUGCUUCUACCCUAGAACCUGUUUCUGAAAAACCUGUGUCCUCUGUGGCUGAGAAUAAGGUCCCUGUUCAGGACAACAUGUUGGAAGCCGCUAAAGGGAAAGUGGAGGAAUCUCCUGAAGUUAAGAAGCCUGUCACUCCUGAAGUUAAGAAGCCUGUCACUCCUGAAGUUAAGAAGCCUGUCACUCCUGAAGUUAAGAGGCCUGCCACUCCUGAAGAUAAGAGGCCUGCCACUCCUGAAGAUAAGAGGCCUGCCACUCCUGAAGAUAAGAGGCCUGCCACUGCUGAAGAUAAGGGGCCUGCCACUGCUGAAGAUAAGGGGCCUGCCACUGCUGAAGAUAAGGGGCCUGCCACUGCUGAAGAUAAGGGGCCUGCCACUGCUGAAGGUAAGGGGCCUGCCACUGCUGAAGGUAAGGGGCCUGCCACUGCUGAAGGUAAGGGGCCUGCCACUGCUGAAGGUAAGGGGCCUGCCACUGCUGAAGGUAAGGGGCCUGCCACUGCUGAAGAUAAGGGGCCUGCCACUCCUGAAGAUAAGGGGCCUGCCACUCCUGAAGAUAAGGGGCCUGCCACUCCUGAAGAUAAGGGGCCUGCCACCCCUGAAGAUAAGGGGCCUGCCACUCCUGAAGAUAAGAGGCCUGCCACUCCGGUUGUCUCCACAAAAGAGAAUGAAGUUUCAAUUCCUGACAAGACUGCCACAGCUGUAAAUGAAGAAUGUGUAGACGAAAAUAAAGUUGAGGUUUCUGUGCCAGAGCCAAGUUCAGCUGCCGAUAGUCACAUUAAACCAGAAGAAACAUCUGUACUCCCAGAUAAGGACACACAGGAGAAACCUCACAUAAACGAACUUCGACCUGCACCUGCUAAAUCUGAAAUUAGAGAUGUUCUCCCUGAAUCACCCAUACAGAAUGGGGUACCAAAUGAAACCGGAGCUAUCACAACUGAGACAGUGGGAGUGUCAAUAGAUGAUCAUGUACCUAAAACCAUGGAUGAGUUGUCUAAAAUGGAGUCUUCAGAAGUGCAGAAAGAAGAAUCACUGCCGCACAUCACAGAGAACGGUAUAAGUGAAAAAUCUGCUGGUGACAUUCAUGAUUCGGAUGUAAAUGCUAACAAUAUAAAUGAGGAGAUUUCUGGUGUUUCCAAAGAAAACUCUAUACACAUUAUGGAUGUGGAGGAACCUGACACAAAACUAGAAAUCCCAUCUGACAGAGGUCAGGAAAAGAGAGCAGUUCCUUCAGAUGUAAAAGCUGCUUCUGAGAGUCACCAGGACCAAUCACCAGAAAACGUCGGGCAAGUAAAUCAUGUUAAUGCUGAUGAAGCAUUCUCACCAGCUCCUAUUGAGAUGGCAGAGGAUAAGCAAGCGGAGAUGGAAACCCAUGCUCCUGGUGACUCUAUAAAGGAUUCAUCUGUGGUUUCAGAAAACCUACCCCAGAACACUGCUGUAAUCUCUAAUGAAGGUAUCACAGAGAAUGAAUCUCAGGCCUCCGUGCCCAGUAUUAGUGUUAUCACUGCGGAAGGUGAAGAGAAAGAGAAUGCCAAACCUGAGAGCCCUCCUUCAGGAGAUGCUGAAAUUCCAAAGGAAAUCGAUUCAGAUUCAGGAAUGGGUUCUACAGCUGAUAGUGGGAGCAUGGACUUGAAUUUGUCCAUAUCCAGCUUCCUGACUAAGAACAAAGAAUCUGGAUCAAUAUCAAUACAGGAAACCAAAAGACAGAAAAAAACACUGAAGAAGACUCGGAAAUUCAUGGUUGAUGGCGUGGAAGUGAGUGUCACAACCUCAAAGAUAGUAACUGAUAAUGAUGCUAAGAGUGAAGAGAUGAGGUUCCUCAGGCGACAAGAACUGAGAGAGCUUCGGCUGUUACAGAAGGAAGAACAGAGAGCCCAGCAGGUCCUCAGUAAUAAAUUGCUGCAACAGAGAGAGCAAAUCUUCCGACGAUUUGAACAGGAAAUGACGAACAAAAAACGACAGUAUGAUCAGGACAUAGAGAACCUGGAAAAGCAGCAGAAACAGACCAUAGAACGGCUGGAGCAGGAACACACCACCCGCUUGAGAGAAGAAGCUAAACGAAUUAAGGCAGAGCAGGAAAAGGAGCUUUCGAAAUUCCAAAAUGUGUUAAAGAAUAAAAAAAAAGAGGUAAUAAGUGACGUGGAGAAAGCACCUAAAGAGUUGCGGAAAGAGCUUAUGAAACGCAGGAAAGAGGAGCUUGCACAAAGCCAGCACGCUCAGGAGCAAGAGUUUGUACAGAAGCAGCAGCAAGAGUUGGAUGGAUCCCUGAAGAAGAUCAUUCACCAGCAGAAGAUGGAGCUGGCUAACAUAGAGCGAGAUUGCUUGAAUAAUAAACAGCAGCUCAUGAGAGCUCGGGAAGCUGCAAUUUGGGAACUUGAAGAACGUCACCUACAAGAGAAGCAUCAGUUGCUGAAGCAACAGUUGAAGGAUCAGUACUUCAUGCAGAGACACCAGCUACUGAAGAGACAUGAGAAGGAAAUGGAACAGAUGCAGAGGUACAAUCAGCGACUCAUUGAAGAACUGAAGAAUAAACAAGCUCAGGAAAGGGCCCGGCUGCCUAAAAUUCAGCGCAGUGAUGCCAAGACUCGCAUGGCCAUGUUCAAAAAGAGUCUGCGGAUUAAUUCAGUUGGUUCUCCAGAGCAGGACAGGGAUAAGAUUAAACAGUUUGCAGUUCAAGAAGAUAAAAGACAGAAGAAUGAGCGAUUAGCUCAACAUCAGAAACACGAGAACCAGAUGCGGGAUUUGCAGCUUCAGUGUGAUGCCAACAUCCGGGAGUUACAGCAACUACAGAAUGAAAAAUGUCAUCUUUUAAUUGAGCAUGAAACUCAGAAGUUGAAAGAACUGGAUGAGGAACAUGGACAGGAGCUGAAAGAGUGGAGAGAAAAAUUAAGACCACGAAAAAAGGCACUUGAAGAGGAUUUUGCGCGGAAACUACAAGAGCAGGAAAUAUUUUUUAAAAUGAGCGGAGAGUCCGAAUGCCUUAACCCUACAACACAAAGCCGAAUUUCUAAGUUUUAUCCUAUCCCAAGCUUCCAUUCAACUGGCUCUUAACCAACUCCGUUUUUAGAGAUUUGUUUUAUAUAUGCUUUUAUCUCAGCCAUGUCACUUUUUGAAUCUUUUUAGAAAAGCAUGAGGAGUUUUUCUUUAUUUUUUCGUAAGGACCUGUUUUUAGGCUGAAUUUGUUUUGUUAAUGAUAUAUAAAUGCUUACCUUGGUUUAAAUCAAAACAGUCAUUUGUACAGGUAGGGCACAUAGCCCCUGAAAGCCGCUAUGCAGUUGCUUGUGUUGAUUAAAAUACAAAAAAACAAAAAUUUUCCCAUAUUUUGUAUCAUAUUUAAUAAUCAAAAAGUAUGUUUUUAUUAGUGUGACGGUUAUCAUCGAGGAUUUAGCUGUCUAAUUCAAUCCUAAUAUUUGAUUUACCAACUUUAGCAUCGAUUGUUUGGCUUUCUUAUCACGGAUUUUUCCCAAUAAUUUUUAUUGUCUUAUACUGGGUUUUUUUUUAUAUUUAAUUUCAGACCAUAGAACUGUAUGCCCAUUAUUGCUGGAUAAAGCUGAUAUGUUAGUCUGCAAGGUGCAGUGAUAGAAGCACAAUGCAGACACGAUGGGUAGAUCCUAGAUGCUGUGUGCUGUUUAGAAUAUACUGUAUUAGGACAUCCAAGAUGAUCAAGAAAGAGUAACAUGCAAGACUUAAAGUAUUGGGCAUAUUAAAAAAUACCCUUCAUUGUGCAGUCUUAGUAACCAGUUUGCUGUCAUUUCCUAACCUUUAGUAGACAAAUGAGCUGGGAUUUGGUUGGUUGCUGCAUUUGGCACAUCACCUUGUGGGCCUAAUUCAGAGAUAUAUGUAAACCCAAUGGUUUACGUACAUCUCUGAUAUUUGUUGAAAUGUACAUGUGAGGACCUGAGGUGUCGCACGUCAGGGGAGUGACUGUCUGCAGCCAUUUAGGGCAGGAAGCUGGACCGUUUUGCAAAAUGGGAAAGGUCAGUCCUGUUUUGUAGGUGUGCCAGGGUCUGAAUCUUUUGUUGCAUGUUCACUGGCCCCGACGGCUUGAAAACGCUGGCCAGCAUGAGAAACCUAAGGGUUACUCAGAUGACCGAUGCUUGCGCAGAUGUUCCGAUGCUGCAUCUUCGGUCCCAGCAGAUGACCACAGAAGCAUGCAGGAGGCAACUAUUUACACAAAACACAUUUCUGCAGCAUUAGCGUACAAGAAGGCGGGUGCUGCAGCAAUCUCUGAAUCAGGCCCUAUGCUAAUAAAGCAAUCCCUAUGCUUUUGUACUGGCAUCUGUAUAAAAGAACGCACGCACAAGAUCAAUGCUUUAAGUUGAAAUUCCGUAGCCUUUUUAUUUUUUUUCUGUGUAGAAUCAUUAUUUGGAUAAAUCUAUUGGGUGACGGUUAAGGGGAGAGGCAUUUUGUACACAGCUUCCAAAGGGAGCAUUUCAUGCGAUCGAGGUUGCUUCUGUGAGAGCAAUUAUAAAAAUAGCAACGUAUUUAUAAGGUAAAAGUAUAAUUCUCGUGUACACUCCUUAUUACAUACACUUUAUUU